AUGUCUGUCCUAGAGGCCAUCAGAGCCUACCCCAAGGCAAUCGCCUAUUCCAUGAUCCUCUCCCUCUGUCUCGUGAUGGAGGGCUACGACACGGCUCUGACCGAUGCCUUCUUCUCCCUGCCCCAGUUCCGGGAGAGGUUCGGCGAGCAACUCGAGGAUGGCGAUUACCAGAUCACCGCCCCCUGGAUGUCCGGCCUGAAGAACGGCGUCCAGGUCGGUCAGAUCUUGGGGCUGGCGGCCACCGGCAUCAUUGCUGAGCGGUACGGCUACAAGAAGACCAUCGUCGGGUCUCUCCUGAUGCUCAUUGGCUUCAUCUUCAUCUUCUUCUUUGCCUCGCACAUCGCCAUGCUUUUCGCUGCCGGCGUGCUCUGCGGUCUUCCCUGGGGUGCCUUUCAAACCCUCACAACCACCUACGCCGCCGAUGUGACCCCCAUCCCACUACGCUCCAUCCUGACAACCUACGUCAACAUGUGCUGGGUGAUGGGUCAGCUUAUCAGCUCGGGCGUCCUGCGCGGCCUCAUCAGCCGCCAGGAUGACUGGGCAUGGCGUAUUCCCUACGCCAUCCAAUGGGUGUUUCCUCCUCCCAUCAUCCUCGGCGUGCUGCUCGCCCCGGAGAGCCCGACUUGGCUCAUCAACAACACCGUGGCCAUGAUUGCAUACACAGACCAUAUGGAGAAGGAGGUCGUGGAGGGCGUCUCGUACCUGGACUGCUUCAGGGGCACCAACCUGCGGCGCACAGAGAUUGCGUGUAUGGUCUGGGCAGCCCAGGUGCUUUGCGGCGUCUGGUUUGGCGGCAACGUCAUCUACUUCUUGCAGCAAGCUGGCUUCGAUCCCGCGAGGUCGUUCGACUUUGGCAUCGGCACUGGCGCCCUCGCUCUGGCCGGCACUAUCGCGGCGUGGUUCGUUCUGCCUCACGUAGGACGGUGCAGACUUUACCUCGUCGGCUUGAGCGUCAUGCUCCUUAUCCUGCUGACUGUGGGCUUCAUGGGUAUCCCAGCCCGCGUCGAGGCCAUUGGCUGGGCGUCCGGUGCGUUGAUGAUGGUCUUUGUCGUCACAUACGACAUCACCGUCGGCCCCGUCUGCUACUGUCUCGUCGCCGAGAUUCCUACGACGCGACUGCGUAUCAAGACGGCCGUCCUGGCCCGCAACACCUACAAUGUCGUGAGCAUCCUGGCCAACCUCCUGAACCCUCCCAUCCUGAACCCCGGGGCGUGGAACCUCCGUGGCAAGGGCGGCUUCGUCUGGGCGGCGCCCUGCGCGAUUGCCCUGGUCUGGACCUAUUUCCGCCUACCGGAGACGAAGGGGCGCGCCAUCUCCGAGCUGGACACUCUAUUCGAGAGGCGCGUCAGCGCCAGGAACUUCGCCAAGGAGGAGAUUGCAGUCUUUGAGCGGGGUCUUGAACACAAGCUGGACGAUGAGGAGCCCACAGUCUGA